GGCAUUAGCAAGCUCUGGGAGUGGCUGCUGACGAUGUGACUGGUCCCCGUGGCCAGGACCCGGCAGAGCCCCAGCAGGUGCAGCCUGGUGAGGGUGUCACUCUGGGCCCCGCUCCACGCGGCACCAUGAACAACAACUUCUGCCACGCCCUGGUGGACCGGAGGCCCAUGGGGGCCCCCACCUGCAUGCAGCUGGGCGUCGUGCCCCCGCCCCCGCAGGCGCCCCUGCCCCCCGCUGAGCCCCUGGGCCCCGCGCCCUUCCUGCUGUACCCGGGCCCCGCGGAGCCGCCCUAUUGCGACGCCUACGCGGGGGUGUUCCCCUACGUGCCCUUCCCCGGGGCCUUCGGGGUCUACGACUACCCCUUCGAGCCCGCCUUCAUCCAGAAGCGCAACGAGCGCGAGCGGCAGCGGGUCAAGUGCGUCAAUGAGGGUUACGCGCGCCUGCGCGGGCACCUGCCGGGCGCCCUGACCGAGAAGCGGCUGAGCAAGGUGGAGACACUGCGCGCCGCCAUCCGCUACAUCAAGCACCUGCAGGAGCUGCUGAGCGCCCCGCCCGACGGCCCGGCCUGCGCGCCGCCCCAGGCGGCCGACGCCUCCCGCUUCUCCUCCUCUCCUUUCUUAGAGAACGAGGAAUCCAGCCAGUGACCCGGCCCGAGGCCGCAGACCCCGCCCGUGGCCACGACAGCCUCCCAACCCACCAGCU